UUCACGUCCGCUGUGUUUUCCGGGUUGGCGAGUUUCUGCAGGUGUCACUUUAUCCACGUCACUUUGUUCUUUUGCGCACACAGGGACGAUAUAAAUCUCCUUUUGCACGUCCCUGUGAAACUGAUCGCACAUUAACGCUAUCACACCGCUGCCUGCUGCUAUGUCGUUACUGGAAACAGACGACAAUUAUGAUUUCGUCUUCAAAAUAGUUUUGGUCGGGGACGUCGGUGUGGGGAAAACCUGCGUUGUCCAACGGUUUAAGACGGGCAAUUUUAUCGAAAGGCAAGGCAAUACAAUCGGAGUGGAUUUUACAAUGAAGACGAUGGAAAUGCAGGGAAAGAGAGUCAAGUUACAGAUUUGGGACACAGCAGGACAGGAGAGGUUUCGGACCAUCACACAGAGUUACUAUCGCAGCACAAAUGGUGCCAUUAUUACGUACGACAUCACCAAGAAAGCAUCCUUCAUGGCUGUUCCAAGGUGGAUGGAGGACAUCAAGAAAUAUGGCGGCACAAACAUUGCCACCCUUUUAAUAGGUAAUAAAUCAGACUUAACUGAAGAGCGUGAUGUUUCUUUUGAGGAAGCUCAAGCAAUGGCUCACCAGCUGGACUUCAUUAGUGCAAUCGAGACCUCAGCCAAAGACUCCAGCAACGUGGACGAAGCAUUUAAUCAAAUGGCAGCCGAGCUGAUGCUGAGACAUGGCGGGCCCGUGUUCAGAGACAGCGUAACCGACAGUUUCAAGCUCAACAGCAAGGAUGUGAACGGUGAAGCCUGGAGCUGUGGCAGCUGCUGAUACUGUUUCUUUUUUUUUACAUUGUUAUUUCUAUUCUUAGCCAUGUCGGCCUGUAAUUCAUCACAAAUCUUCUUUGUGUGAAUUGUGGCUUAAUCGUCAGAGUUGACAGAAUUAUCGAUCGGUUAUUGAUUACCUAAUAUACACCUUUGGUUUCAGGAAGUGGUAGUUGGCCAUAUCAGAAGGUAAAGGCUGUAGUGAAAAAUGCACAGAAAUGAUUAAAGAAGCUGCUGCUUGGAUCUUAUCGGAACUUUGGCGAUCCUAUUACGAUUAUAAUAAGUGAUUGAUCAGGUUUAAGUCAUGUUUGAUUUGACCUGCCUAAAAUUCUUGAAUGAACUUCAUAUAAGUUGUAGUUACAGUAAGUCCCCUACAAAGAAACAUUCUAGUUACAAACCUUCGAAUAUACGAACAUGCGUUUGUACUUAUUUAAUUGCGGAGGUUAACUCACAUGUCCGGCGUACAUUGUCAAGUACUGUACAUGCAGCAUGCACCCCAGGAUGUCUGGGAAUCAAACGUCAAUAGCAGCUGGUACUGCUAAGAAGCGCCAAGCAAUAACGAUGGAGAUAAAAAGUGAAAAUAAUUAAGAGAAUGGAGUGAGGUGAAAAGAUGGCAGACAUUAGUCAUUCUUUUAACAUAAAACGUUCAACUGUAGGCACGGUUUUACAGAAUAAGGACAAGAUCAUGGAACAUGUUUGUUUUAUACUGUGUACAGCCAAUGUGUUAGUAUCCUAGUACUUACACAAUGUUUGUUGGACUUGCGAACAAAUUGGACUUACGAACGAGCUCUCAGAGCCAAACUCAUUUGUAUGUUGGGGACUUACUGUAUAUUUGUUUAAAAAUUUUAUCAGCCUGUUGUUCUUGGAAGUAGAAUAACAUGAAAACAGUCUCAAACGCCACUGGAGAUAUCCAGCAGACAUAUUUAACACCUGAUUGUUAGUCCUAAACAUGUUGCUGAGGUACUUUUAUUUAAAUAUUUAUUAUUACAGUACCAGUCAAAAGUUUGGACAUAGGUUUGGAUUAUUUGUUUUUAUUGGUAUACAUUCUAGAACAAUACUAGAUUUUAUUUCCAAAACCAAAAAAACUGUUCUGUCUAGGUCAGCUGUUCUGGAACAGUUCUUAUAAGAACAGUUUUACAUUUUCAAAACCUAUCAAGCACCAUGAUGAAACUCUCAUAAAGACCAUCCCAUGAAAGCAAGACCAAAACUUACCUCUGCUGUAGAGGAGAAGUUCAUUUGGAGUUGCCAGCCUCAGAAAUCACCAAUUAACAGCAGCUUAGUAUCAUCUUUAAUAUCAACAGUUUGAAGGAGAUUAUUGCACAUUUUGGAUGUCUUCAGCAUUGUCGAAAGGAAUAAAAAUCAGGAAUGACCAUGGAAUUAGAAGGUGUGUCUAAACCUUCAACUGGUAGUGUACAUCCCAGUGAGCACCAUCUAACCAAGAAGUGUACACAAUGUGCACUCCUUACUUCUCCUCUUGUACAAUAACGGCAUUGCUUAGUACUGUAUAUUCACUUCUUUAGUUGAACAUUUCAUAUCCUACACUCACCUCAAAAUACCGUCCAGUUCAACACAUGCACUUUCAGCUUUAUAAAUUAGCCGA